AUGGUUACCACCACUUCUGCUGACCCGUCUUCGACGUCGCCGGUCAAGGGUGGCGCAGGAGCGGCUCUUGAAAACCAGAACCAGAGCAUAGAAAACUUCGCAGCUUCGCUGUCGACUGCAGCUGUUAUUUUCGGUGUGCAGAUCGCCUUUUUCUUAAUCCUCAGUGGCAACUGGAAGCUACACAAGACAAAACCUCGUCAUGCCGAUCAAAAUGACAAGGCAGUAACGCGACAAAGCCUGUUCCACAAAAUCUACUACUACAAGACGGCCUUUGUACCAGUAGCCAAGCGCAUCUCGGCUCCCGUAACCGCAAUCGAAUCAUUCAAGAAUGUAUUCACCAUUAGUGACUCGGAGCUUGUUCGCAUCGCUGGCGUCGAUGGCUAUCUCUUUCUCCAAUACCUGCAGCUCCUGCUCCGCAUCUUCGUACCCAUGGCACUCGUCAUAUUGCCCAUCCUUCUGCCCAUAAACCGAAUAGGCGACGAGCCCGAGAUAUCGGGCUUGGAUUCCUUUGCAUGGCCUAAUGUAGGCGUUCCAGAAAAGCACAAUCGCCUAUGGGCGCACUUAAUCUUGGCCGUAUGCGUUAUUGUCUGGGUGUGCUUCAACUUUUAUCUAGCCCUUAGGCAGUUUGUGCGCCUAAGGCAGACUGUACUUACAAGGCCUGAUCAUCGCAUUCGAGCUUCCGCGACCACGAUUCUUGUCCAGAGCAUUCCUAAGAAGUGGCUCACCGUCGCCGCUCUGGAUGCGCUUUAUGAUGUUUUCCCGGGUGGCAUCAAGGAUAUCUGGAUCAAUCGCGACUACGACGAACUCAUGGAGAAAGUCGAGAAGCGAACCAAGAUCGCGCGCGCGCUCGAAGCCGCCGAGACGAACCUCAUCAUCGCAUGCACCCAGAAGCACAAGAAAAUGGAAGAGAAGGCAGCGAAAGAAGCGGGCAAAAAGAAAAAGACCAGAAAAGAGAAGAAGCAGGACGAGGCCAUGCAGAACCAUGCUAUCAAUCAGGAAACCCACGACCACGGUGUGGAUGCUGGUAACCCUCACGAAAUCGAACAACAACUUCAAAAGGUCCUUGAGGAGUCCCCGUCAUCGUCGUCCUCUUCCUCGCGGUCAAGUUCCCCGGAUCGUAAGCGUGCCAAAUUACCCAUCGCCUUUCUAGGGGAUGGCAUGCACGCUGUUGGCGAGGGAUUUCGUGACGUGGGUGAAGGGGUUGACCGCUUCAAUAAGAAGGUUUACGGCGGUGUACGAGGUGUAUUUGUGGGAAAGCAGCGUCGUGUUCAGCCACAAAACCAAGAACCAGCCAAACCCGAUGGCAACGUCGACGGCAUCGAUGCCGCUAUAGAAACCUCGCCACUCUCCGCCGACUUUCAACAGCGAGGUGCAAGUACCGAUACUGAUACCCCGCUUGCGAAAAAAGAAACCUUUGGUUCUGACGGUACUGCGAGCGGCCCAAAUUCGCCCAAGACGGAACUCAAGGCACCGGCAGCCGAGGAGGAUGAACAGAAACCUGCUAAUAUCGGGUGGAAGCAUCCUUUCCAGACGCUCAAGGCUGUCUACGUUGGUCAUGGCGACUUUGUGAGCCCAAAGCCUUUCCAGAAAGAGGGAGAAGAACUGCCACUAGAAGUCAAGGACCCUGAAAAGACCAAAUAUAAUAUGUCUGGACUGUACGACGAGUCCAUGGAAGAGGAUGGCGAAGACGCUCUUUGGAGAAAGUACUUGAGGCCAAAGGACCGAGAAACCAUGCGUAUCCCAUUGUUCAACUGGUCAUGGUGGCCCUCCCUUCCGCUCAUUGGCAAGAAGGUGGACACGAUUUAUUACUGCCGCAAGGAACUCGCGCGCCUCAACGCUGAGAUUGCUGAUGAUCAGGCUCACCCGGAGCGGUUCCCGUUGAUGAACUCGGCCUUUAUUCAGUUCAACCACCAGGUUGCAGCGCACAUGGCUUGUCAAUCGCUCAGCUACCAUAUUCCUCGACAAAUGAACCCGCGAACUGUAGAGGUCAACCCCAACUACGUCAUGUGGGAGAAUUUGACCAUGAAGUGGUGGGAGCGCUAUCUCCGCAUGUUUGGUGUCGUUCUCAUCAUCGUCGGACUCAUCAUCUUUUGGGGUAUCCCUGUCACGUUCACGGGAGCCUUAUCCCAGAUCGAGACACUUACCGAUACGCUGCACUGGCUGCGAUGGCUCGAAACACUCCCCGGAUGGUUGCUUAGUUUCAUCCAGGGUGUGUUGCCGCCGGCGUUUUUGGCUAUUCUCUUCGCUGUACUACCUCUGAUCCUGCGAUUCCUCGCUGGUGUUACGGGUACAACCACGCUAGGCGAACGAGAGUUGCUCGUCCAGAACUUCUACUUCGCCUUCGUGUUCGUCCAAUUAUUCCUCGUCGUGUCCAUUUCGACCGGUAUCACUGCCACCAUCGACACCCUUCUCCAAAAUCCUACCAGCGUCCCACAAACCUUGGCGAAGAACUUGCCCAAGGCGGCCAACUACUUCUUCUCUUACAUGAUUCUACAAUCUCUUAGUAUCAGCUCUGGUACUCUGCUACAGAUUGGUGCUGUCGUCGUCAUCAUUUUUCUCCGUUUCCUCGACACCACGCCGCGAGAGAAGGUGUCUAGGGUGCUGCAAAGGCCUGGCAUCAACUGGGGUACCAUGAUACCUGUUUACACCAAUUUUGGUGCAAUCGGUAUCAUCUACUCUGUGGUUUCGCCCCUUAUCCUUAUAAUGAUGUUGAUAACAUUCAGUCUCUUCUGGUUCACCUACCGUUACCAGAUGAUCUACGUGAGUUAUGCCAAGGCCGAAACCAAUGGCCUUAUUUUUCCAAAGGCGGUCAACCAACUCUUUACUGGGCUUUACUUUCUGGAGCUGUGCCUUGUUGGUUUAUUCUUCCUUCAAGAAGACACUCAAGGCAGACAAUCAUGUUUCCCUCAUGCUGUCAUCAUGAUCAUCAUGGGCAUUUUCACUGUUCUUUUCCAGGUUGUGCUCAACAGAGCUUUCGGUCCUCUGUUCACGUACCUACCGAUCACGUUUGAGGACGAGGCGGUCAUGAGAGAUGAAGAGUGGCAGCGAGCACAGGCCAGUCGCUGGGAGAAGAACAACAAUUCCGAACACCAGUCUCUCAAUUCCCAACAAGACGGUUAUUGGCCAGCGGAUGAGCACGAACAAGCACAGCGCAACGAGCAGAACAAGCAACAACACGAAUCCUACGAGCUCAGCAACCUCGACGGCAACAUACAAUCCGCUGGCUACGCCCAAUCACCCCGCCCCAACACUUCCCGCAAAACCAGCUGGGCUAACCGCUCCCGCCGAAGCUCCCACUCGCGCUCGCAAAAGAAAUCUCAAAAACACAAGGAUCCCCUCGACAUCCUCGCCAACACGCUGAAAAAGGGCCUCGACGACGUAGCCAAGCCUAUCCGUGAUGCCGAAGCUCAGGUCCUCCCCGCCGGCAACCUCUUCGACGAAGUCGACGACGAGCUCGCAGAUAUUGAACCCGAAGCCCGCCAAAAACUCAUCAAGCGCUCGUUUCAACACCCGGCUUCCCGCGCCAUUCAGCCCGCCGUCUGGAUCCCGCACGACGAGCUCGGUGUCGCUAAGGACGAGAUUGAGCGUACGAGUGCGUUUACUAAGCGCGUGUGGAUUACGAGUGUGAAUGCGCGGUUGGAUGCGGGGGGCAAAGUUAUCUAUCGAGGAUUGCCGCCGGAUCGCGAUCCUUUUGAGAAUAUUGAGGUGUAA